CAUGUCGGAGCACGCGGCGCCCGGGGCCCCAGGCCCUGGGCCCAACGGCGGCGGGGCCGUCCCCGCGCGCGGGCCCCGCACCCCCAACCUGAACCCCAACCCGCUCAUCAACGUGCGCGACCGGCUGUUCCACGCGCUGUUUUUCAAGAUGGCUGUCACCUACUCGCGCCUCUUCCCACCCGCCUUCCGCCGCCUCUUCGAGUUCUUCGUGUUGCUCAAGGCCUUGUUCGUGCUCUUUGUGCUGGCCUACAUCCACAUCGUCUUCUCCCGCUCGCCCGUCAACUGCCUGGAGCAUGUGCGGGAGCAGUGGCCCCGAGAGGGUGUCCUGCGUGUGGAGGUGCGCCCCAACUCCAGCCGCGCACCAGUCUUCCUGCAGUUCUGUGAUGGCACUGCCCGCACUAGCUUCCCUGGGCUGACCGUGGAGCCGGGCCUGGAGCUGGAAGAUGAGGAGGAGGAGCUCACAGUGGAGAUGUUUGCCAACAGCUCCUUCAAGCUGGAGCUGGACAUUGAGCCUAAAGUCUUUCCCCUGCCUGGGGAGGCCGAUGCCAACGACAGCCAGGACUUCUCUUUCACCGAGACGCCCAGCAAAGUGUGGCCACAGGACGAGUAUAUCGUGGAGUACUCGCUGGAGUACGGCUUCCUCCGCCUCUCGCAGGCCACCCGGCAGCGUCUCAGCAUCCCCGUCAUGGUGGUCACGCUGGACCCCACCCGGGACCAGUGCUUCGGGGACCGCUUCAGCCGCCUGCUGCUGGCCGAGUUCCUGGGCUACGACGACAUUCUUAUGUCCAGUGUGAAGGGCCUGGCUGAGAACGAGGAGAGCAAGGGCUUCCUGCGGAACGUGGUGUCUGGGGAGCACUACCGCUUCGUAAGCAUGUGGAUGGCGCGCACCUCCUACUUGGCCGCCUUCGUUAUCAUGGUCAUCUUUACCCUGAGCGUGUCCAUGCUACUGCGCUACUCCCACCACCAGAUCUUCGUCUUCAUUGUGGACCUGCUGCAGAUGCUGGAGAUGAACAUGGCCAUCGCCUUCCCUGCAGCGCCCCUGCUGACUGUCAUCCUGGCUCUCGUUGGGAUGGAGGCCAUCAUGUCUGAGUUCUUCAACGACACCACCACGGCCUUCUACAUCAUCCUCAUCGUGUGGCUGGCCGACCAGUACGAUGCCAUCUGCUGCCACACCAACACCAGCAAGAGGCACUGGCUGCGCUUUUUCUACCUGUACCACUUCGCCUUCUAUGCGUACCAUUACCGCUUCAACGGGCAGUAUAGCAGCCUGGCCCUGCUCACCUCCUGGCUCUUCACCCAGCAUUCCAUGCUCUAUUUCUUCCACCACUACGAGCUGCCAGCCAUCCUGCAGCAGCUGCGCAUCCAGGAGAUGCUGCUCCAGGCGCCCCCGCUGGGUCCAGGGCCCGCCACCGCCCUGCCCGAUGACCUAAACAACAACAGUGGGGCCCCGGCCUCCAGCCCCAACCUCGGGCAGCCAUCUGCCCUGGGCCCAGGUGCUGGUGGGGGUCCAGGGACCCUGGCGGAGGCCCCUAGUUCCCUGGUGGCAGCAGCAGCUUCGGUGGCAGCAGCGGCCAGCGGUGACCUAGGCUGGAUGGCGGAGACGGCAGCCAUCAUCACAGACGCCUCCUUUCUGUCUGGCCUGAGUGCCUCCCUCCUGGACCGGCGAGGGGCCACCGCCCUGAACCCUACAGGAGGGCUCCCUCGUGCGCCCCCAGACAGUGUCCCCAGUGAUUCUCCGGCACUUGACACUGUGCCCCCAGCUGCUGGGGUGAGUGCACCCAGACCAACAGCUCUGACCCCGGCAGAUGCCCCUUCGGAGAUGGGGUCCUGAGACAGCCCAGAGUCGAACCCCCAGCCACCUGUGUUUGGCCACGGGGCACCUGCAGGGUGGGGAAGUUAUCCCCUAUUGGCUCCGGGACUCGGGAGCCCACAGGGAUACCAGGUGGGCUGGGGGAAGUGGCAUCUCCCCCCAUCUGGGGGGG